AUGGAAGAUCCUAUCAACCCGGAUCGCACCAGUGUAACUCAAGUCGCACCGCCAGAGCUUGAGGUCUAUCAGUCUCACAAGCAACCCUUAACUAAAGAGGCGCGCUUUGAGCUGGUGUUGUAUCAAUCUCACAAGCAAUCCUCAACCCAAGAGGCGCGCUUUGAUGAUGAUACUCGAAAGCCUGACAGGAGAAAUGGUCCACCACCUUGCAACAGCUUUGAGCACGGAUUACAACCAACUGAGGUUGAACUGAAGAACCCAAGUUCGGCUGUGAAGUCUCGUGAACGUGAUUGGGAACGCCUCCGCAGCUACUUUGCAUGGUUGCCAAAGCUAGUCAUCCAGAAGAACUCGGAACACUACAUGGAAGACUCAACUCAACUAGCUACGAUAGCUACUAUAGAUAUUACAGUACUGGCGCCAUCCAACUUUGUAUCUACUUCUAGAGCUAGUCACCAAAUCCGAGCCCCGCAAUUCCGCAGCUUCCUACUUGCUGGAAAGCACAGAUGCAGCACACGCCAUGGCUCAAUGAUAGUAUCAUUGAGCGGUCUCCAGGCCUAUACUACCAAUGUGCUUGUAGCGGAGCUAACUAAAGUCUUCACUUCCUUGAUAGACAGUCUAAAAGUUCCCAUCCACAUUCAUAGUAGUCCAUGA